CCAGCUGUGUCAGAUGCUUUAGGGAAUGCACUCAUUCCAACCUGGGGCAGGCUGGCCAGGCUAGGGGAAGCCCCAGGGCACAUGUCCGUGUGUCACAGGGCCCUUUGUGACAUGGUGGCCAUUGUCAAUGGGAUGGGACAGGGCAGUGUGUCCAAGGGCCCUUUGUGACACGCCCUGAUAUAGGUGUUUGGCGGCAACGCAGCCACGCCACAGUGCUCGGAGCACGCGUCUGGUCAGGACAGGACUGAGCGGUGCUGUGAGGAGUCUCCUCGCAGCCAACUCAUUCGUCACUGAUCCGAAGCAUUUCCGAGAGUUCUUUUUAUAGCAAGUUCCCUCGAGGCCGGACCACGGGAGUUGGUGACCCAGAGCUUUUCUGAGGCAUCCCCGCUCCCUGUGGGCGUGGCCCUCGAGGCCAGGCCACAGGUCUGGUGACCCAGAACUUUUCUGGGCAUCACCAGUCCCUGUGGAAGGUGCCCUUGAGGCCAGACCACGGGACUUGGUCACCUGCAGUCCCUGUGGAAGUUGCUCUCGAGGCCAGACCACGGGACUUGGUCACCUGCAGUCCCUGUGGAAGUUGCCCUCGAGGCCAGAACACCCAACUUUGUGAUCUGGAGUUUUUCCCGGGCAUCCCCACUCACUGUGGAAGGUGCCCUUGAAGACACUCUGUAAGACUUGGCGACCAGGGUCUUUUCCAAGGCGUCUCUCGUACCCUCAAGGUCAACGUGUGGGAUGGCGGGGAGACGCUCCGGCCUGCGCAGGCUGCUCAGGCCAAAGAGGAAGAGAGAAGGCCCUGGGGCUGCCUCAGCACAGCAACCUGAGGAGAUGCAGCACUUCCAGGCCCUGCAACAGGAUCCAGGCCAGAACCGGACAGAGGAGCAGGACCACCCCCGUGGCUGCUUUCGCAGAGCAGUUCAGAGGUUUCUGAAAUUCAUGGGAAUUCGGCGCAGAACAUCCAGGACCACACCACCUGAGGUUCUGGCAGAGCCUGACACCAGGACAACUGAGAUUGAGGAGAAGCCUGAUGUCAGCACUGUGCCAAUUAAUCACAUGGAAACCUCCGACACUGCUGUAACUGAGGACAUGGCUAACCCUGACACCGCACUGGCCAAUCUCACUGUGAAGGAUGACAUCGAACUGUCUCAUUACACAGCAAAGCCUGACACCAGUUUGGCUGAUGACACAAGUGGCUCUGACACUGCAGCGACUGAUGUCAUGGCCAAGGCUGACGUGGCGCCGAUGCCCACUGAUGGGACUUCAAACUCCGAAGGGGCACCAAUGGGCAGCACAGCAAAGCCUGACACCGCUUUGGCUGAUGACAGAACUGGCACAGACAAUGAUCUCUUGGCCAAGGCUGACAUUGCACCGAUGCCGAUCGACGGCACAUCAAACUCUCAUGGGACACCAAUGGGCGGCACAGCAAAGCCUGACACCGCUUUGUCUGAUGACAGAACCAGCUCCGACACUGAUAUCGUGGCACGAGCUGACAUCACACCGAUGCCGACUGAUGGCACAUCAAGCUCAGCCACGGCACCAAUGGAUGACACAGCAAAGCCUGAGACUGCGUUGACCCUCGACACAAUCAACGCUCAAACUGAACCAACUGAUCUCAUGGCAGAGGGUGACGCCACGACUGAGAGCAUCGGAAACGAUGACAGCAACCCCACUCAGAGUGUCAUCGAUGCUCCCAAUCUGGACUUUUUAGUGGAGAAAGGUGUCUCCAGUCGGAAGAAAGUGCCGGCCAUCGUGAGGUACAUCCACCAGUGCCUCACCUUCCACGUGUCUCCAGAUGUCAGGCAGCACAUUGACAUCCGCAGCCUCGCUGACACAAACCCUCAUGAGGUUGUGAUGACUCUCCUGCGCUGUGCCCCAGCGUGUGACAGAGCUGCUGCAGUGAUGUGGAGCAGCAUCGCCUCCUCAGGAACAACAGUGGAGAAGGUGCUGCCAACACUGCUCGAAGUGAUGGAGGACUGGCCAGUGCACACCGUGUCCACCUGUGAUGGCGACGACACAGACAUCUUUGCCCUGGCUGCAACUCUGGCACUGUGGCUGAUCAUCCAGGAGCCCAAGUGCCAAGAAGCCCUGAUGAGUUAUGCCCCACAGUUCCUCGUGGCUCUGCUUUUCCAAAUUUUUAUGAGCACAGAGCAGAUGCCAGAAGACGUCAACACUUUCUGGAGAGGAUGCCAGGAGCAAUAUGGCCUUCUCAGCAACCCCAGCAGGUUUGCAGUACAGACCCUGAAGGCCCUGCUCUGCCGCCUGCACUGGGAGAAUGAGGUGGUGGCCGUUGAACGGAAGUGUGGCUGGGAGACACUGCUGUGCUGGGACACCCACCACUAUGCAGUGGGGCUGCUGGCCAGGGAGAUGCGCGGUGUCUUGGUCCCCUUCCAUUCCCAGAUGACAAUCCACCUGCUUGGGCUGCUCAGCAGGGACCAGCCUCGCUGGGAGCUCCCUGCCCUGGCCUUCCUUGUUGAGCUCCUGGACUAUCUGGAUGGGAGAGAGUGUCAUGACAGGGUCCUGCCCAUCCUGUCAAGGAACCUGCAGAGCCAGUGCCCAGACAGGCGUCGCCUGGCACUCAGAGGCCUCCUGGUUCUCAGUGUGGAUCCCUCGAUGGCUGAAAGCAUCUGCAGCCUGGCUGAAAGCCUCCUGGAGCUGCUGCAUCAUGAAGACGGAGAGCUGGUCGGGAUGACCCUCUCUGUGUUCCUCAAUGUGCUCCGGGACGAAGACCUUCAGGCAUUCAGCUCUGCUGCCCCGAAGCUGGCUGAGGCACUGCGGCCUCUCUUUGACAAUGACAACAGCCAUGUGCAGCUGCUCUCCAUUCGUCUCUUCCGAGAAAUGAUGGAGUUUCUGGCAGAAGAGGGACAAAAGACACUGGUGCAGCAGAGCCUGGUGCCGCUGUUCUUCCGCUGCCAUGACGAGAAACAGUGCGUGGCAGAGGCCUCUCGGGAAACACUCCUUUGUGCUGCAAGUUUCCUGAAGAGAAGGGAUCUUGAGCAGCUGCUGAGGAAACAGCAGCACUUUGAGUUCUGCGAUUGCCUGAUGGACAAGGAUGUCAGCCGAAGGGACGAGCACCUGCGCCAGGCCUUGCCCUACCUGCAGAGCCCACAGCAGCCCCUGCGAGAUGUGGCCGUCAGGUUCAUGGGGGUCGCCGCCUGGCACAUGAAAGACCUGCAGCCCAUCAUGAAGGCCCUUGAAGUCAUGACUGAAGAUGACUGCCCCUCCUCCUCCACCAUGCGGACUGCAGUCUUGUCUGCUUUUCGAUGGGCAGUAACAAAGUAAUCCUCUCCACCGACACAAGCAGCGUCCCUCCAACAGCACCGAAAGAGCAAGGGACGAGUCAGCUUCUCAGCGCAGCUGGAGCUGCAGCUGAUGCUGGGCCCAACUGAGCCAGCCGGCAAGGCCAGGCAGCUCCUGGCCCGCCCAUCCUUAUGGACAGCUCCUUCCCUUCCCCUUCCCCUUCCUCUUCCCCUUCCUUUUCCCCUUCCCCUUCCCUUUCCCUUUCUCCUUAGGUUAAGAA